AAACACUAAGAAGAAGAAGAUUUUUUUUGAGGGGGGGGGGCGCUGUGCAUUCUGGGAACAACACAACGACUUCAAGAUGGCGGCGAGCAGAAGGCUGGCCAAGGAACUUGAAGAGAUUCGGAGAUCUGGGAUGAAGAACUUCAGAAACAUUCAAGUUGAGGAAUCAAACCUAUUGUCAUGGCAAGGGCUUAUUGUUCCUGACAAUCCACCGUAUGACAAAGGUGCAUUCAGGAUUGAAAUAAUUUUUCCAACCGAGUACCCAUUCAAGCCUCCCAAAAUCACAUUCAAGACAAAGAUCUAUCACCCCAACAUCGAUGAGAAAGGUCAGGUGUGCUUGCCUGUGAUUAGUGCUGAGAACUGGAAACCCGCUACCAAAACUGACCAAGGUUAGUGGUACCACAUGAUAAAA